AUGACCUUUUCAUCUGGUUUUGGUUUGGGUUGGGUCAGGGACGACCCAAGUGUUUCAUUGGGCCAGAUUCAACCACUGGCCCGUUUACUUUUCAACCCAAACCAACAAGUUCUUGCCUCUGUAAAUUCUGCAUUUCCGACUGUCCGACCAAAAUCAAUGGCCGGAAAUGCAUCGUCUUCUCUCACCCUUGUCUUCCUCAUCAUCCUGAUCGCCGCUCCGACAGCCUCCGGCUUGUUCUUUCCAACGCCUUUCCUAGUGUCCCUGGGCCACUCACUCAUGACUCGCGUGGCCAACCUUCGGGCCUCCAGAGGGGACCAUUCCGGCGCCGAGCGAGCCAGGGCAGUGGCGGCGACGCUGGAGCAAUUAGAGUUAGCGUUGCGGGGGAUGAAGUGGUCUACGGGGUGGGACUACUUCAGAAACUACCCUUGGGGGGAGAUGAAGGGCGCCGUUCCGGAAAUGAAGGAGUUGCUGAGGUGGAUGACAGAGUUGAGUCGGAUGGAGUCGGGUGCGGAGAGGGCGGCGUGGGUGGUGCGAAAUUACCAGAGCGUCCUGACGGUAUCCAAUUCGAUGCUAGGGAAGCUCCUCCAGGAGUUUCGUCAAUCGGGGGCGUUGAGGGAAGUGGUGGAGACGUUGAAAAAAGAGGUGGCGGAUGGCAAAUUGCUGAGAGAUUGUCUUGAAUUGGUAAGCAAUGACUGGAAAGGCUUGAUCCAAGUGCUUAACGAUCUCCUUUCACAGUCAUCUUCUGAUUCUACUUCAGCUUCCGACCACACCGCCGAACUUUAA